AUGGUUAUCGGCAUCCAGCUGGGGUUGUUGAUGUGGAAGAAUUUCAUGUAUCAGCGCAGGCGGAAGAACCAGCUAAUUGGGGAAGUCGUGUUUCCCCUCUUGAUGUAUUUGCUUAUCCUGUUGAUGCGGAAAGCUAAAUCGCCUUUGGAGCAGCAUGAAUGUCACUUUCCAAACAAAGCCUUACCGUCCGCUGGGACUUUGUCGUGGAUUCAGGGCAUCGUCUGUAACAUUAAAAACCCCUGCUUACAGUCCCCGACCCCCGGAGAGACACCAGGCUUGGUGAGGAACUUCGAAAAUUCCAUCCUCUUUCGCGUGCUUGUGGAUACUCAGAAGAUCCUCCUCCAUGUGAAUAAGUUGCCAACUGACAAGACUUUCUCCCAACUUCUAUCUACUUUGGGCCUGCUCAAUGGCAAGAGAACUCAGCGGACAGCCGAGGAUGCAGAAUGGCGCCCAGAUGCUCUGCUGUGUUGCCUCAAACAGGUUCUCCGCCAGCCAGCGGUCCCGGUCAGCGCCUACUUGAGACAAAAUGAGACCUAUUAUUCUCGGUUGCUUGAGCUGAACGCUUCACUCCCACCUGGCUUGGUGGAGGACCUGCUUGGGGCGGAGCUCAGCCCACGUGUGUUCUCUCCUGCCGACUUGUUCUUAAAAGAAAUUGUUUGCAAUGCAUCGGCCCUCACAGAAUUUCUGGCGGUGAAGGGAGCUGGGGCUGCUGAGGACCUGCAGAAGAGGCUGUGUGCUUUACCUCCACCCACUCUCCAGGCCUUGGAGCACAGCUUCAUCUCUCAGGCAGACUGGGUCAAAAUAUUUGCAGUUAGGUGGCAAAGGGACGCUCGUAAAAAUCGUGCAGCAAGGCUCCGGAGCUUUCUGCUUGAACUGUCUUUGCGGGCGAUGCCCGCGUCUGCCUCGCCGCCUCCCCCACCUAGAGCGGGAGAUUCGGCCACUUCGGACGUGCCUCUCUCUCAAAAGCAGACGCACAAGUCCGUAAAGAACAUUUCGAAGCACGCCGGGACCGGCCAUAAGUCUUCUAAAAAAUCGUGUCACUCCGGCUCCGAGGAUUUGGCGCCGAAAGCACCGCGUCACUCGAAAGCGACUGAUUCGACUCCGAGGAAGUCUUACGAGUCGCACCCGACCGAGUCGCACCCGACCUCGCACCCGCAUCGGGCCUCGACUUCGGCUCCUGACGCUAUGGAUGCCGCAACCUCGACCGCUCAACUCCUGCUUCUGUCAGAACUCUCGGCUCCGUCAGAUGUAAUCACUGAUAUGCCGCAGCUCACUCCUCACUCUUCUACGGCCGUAGAAGUGAUUCCUAUUCAGUCUCGCUCACCGUCGGUCCGCAGCGUGGUUCCGGUCUUCGCUUCCUCCGUCGCCUUGCGCCGUCAUGCCUGGCGCCGUCAUGCCUGGCUGCGUUCUACUAACUUGCAGCCCGACAUCAAGCAGAAGAUAGAGGAUCUCCCCUUCGACGGCCUAGGCCUCUUCCAUGCGUCCACGGACGAAGUGCUAACCUCUGUUGACGAUGGCCGCAAACGUGCCAAGCGCCUGGGAGUUUCCCAACAAAACUCCCAGCAGUUCAAUCGAUCGAAAACUUGGAGACCAUCAUUUCAGAAACGACAACGGUCACCAAAACAAAGUGACUACUGGAGGCACGACUGGCUUUUCAUAGCUCCGACUCAACAUCAACUGCAGAGCAACCUCAACACAGCUCUCACCCUUCUGAAGUCCCUGGGCCUUCGUGUGAAUGCUUCAAAAUCUCACCUCACACCUACCCAGGACCUCAAGUUCAUAGGGGCCCUUUUGCGCACUUCUCUCCAUCGUGCCUUCCUCCCCGAGGAUCGGGCACUGACUAUCAUUGCCUUAGCCAAGAGGGGCAACGACGCCUUCCUUCACAGCUGGACAGGUCCUCUUCACUACUUCUUCCCACCAACCCCCCUUCUGACACGGGUGUUGGAGCGUUUGAAGUCUCAAUCGGUUGACACAACAAAAGCUCAAGAGCUGCUGUACAACGUCCUUCGAGACACCGAAUUGUUAGCGGAGGAGGUUUACAACAUGACCAGCUUUAGAGAAUUCCGCAUGGUCCUGCAAAGUCUUUCCUGGGCUGGCGCUGCCUCUUCCCCUGUGACGACGUUUAUGGCAAUGUCCCAGGUUAUGUGUGGUCGCCCGGAAGGAGGCGACUCAAAGAUCCUUUCCUCCAAGUGGUACGAGGACCACAACUUAAGGAGCUUUCGCGGCCCCAAGAGACUCAAGCAGAAGCUGUUCUCCUUCGACGAUAUGAGCCCCUCUUGUAAAGAUCUGAUGGACAGCUUGCUUUCCAACACGUUCUUCCGCCCUAUAUGGAUAGAAAUGUACCCCAUGUUUCUUGGCAAAAUUUUGUAUGCCCCUUCUACGCCUGCCACGCAGAAGGUCAUGGCUGAGACUAACAUGGCUUCCCGUAUUGACCUUAGGUCACUUAAGGUCGCGACGCCCCCUCCCCCAUUGCCCUAUGACAUGGUGUGCAGCUUUCACGGGGUGGCCGUGUGGUUCCAGUGUGGUUCUCGAGUGAACCGGACAUUCCAGAACCUGGCCGUGCUGCGGGAUCUGAGGGGAGCCUGGCAGGACCUGGGGCCCCAGAUCUUCGACUUCAUGAAUGCCAUUCAGAACCUUCUGGAAAGCCCUGGGGUGGCCCAAUACCUGGAGCAGCGCCUCAGCGGAAAGUACUGGAAUGUGUCAUCCUUGAGGGAGUUCCUGUCGGGAGACUCAGCAGGUCGGGCCUACACUUGGCGUGAUGCCUAUGCUGAAUUGGAUGAGGCUAUUCGUACCUUUUCCCAGUUUCUUGAGUGUGCCUUGCUGGACAAGAUCGAGGCGGUGUCGACUGAAGAGCGUCUCAUCUCCCGAGCCUUGUUGCUGGAGAAAAGCGACCAGUUCUGGGCCGGAGUUGUGUUUCUGCCAUCAGAGAACCAAAGACAGCUUGGCCCAGACUUGCCAGCCCGCAUCCACAUCAAGAUCCACAUGGACAUCGGUGAGACGACCAACCCCCUCCAUGCCAAGGGCAGGGUUUGGCAACCAGGACCAACUGCUGAUCCCUUUGAAGACUUUAAAUAUGUCCUGAGUGGCUUCGUCUAUGUGCAGGACCUCGUGGAACAGGCGGUGGUGCGGGUUCUCUCUGGGAUGCCGUCGCUGCGUCGCACGGGCAUCUAUGUGCAGCAGAUGCCCUACCCCUGCUAUGCAAAUGAUCCCUUCCUGCGUUCCUUAGCCAAUCUUCUGCCUCUCUGCUUGAUACUGGCUUGGAACUACUCCGUUUCCAUGCUCAUCAAAGGGGUGGUCCACGAGAAGGAAGCUCGCCUGAAAGAGACCAUGAAGAUCAUGGGGCUGAGGAGCGCCACCCUCUGGCUCAGCUGGUUCCUCAGCAGCCUCAUCUUCUUCCUCAUCAGCAUCCUCAUCUUUGUUACAAUCCUCAAGCAAGGAAACAUCCUGCCCCACAGUGACCCCGUCUUGGUCUUUGUGUUCCUGACCUGCUAUGCAAUGGCCACCAUCUCCCAGUGCUUCUUGAUCAGCACCUUCUUCUCCCGCGCCAACCUGGCCGCAGCUUGUGGAGGCGUGGUCCACUUCGCCUUUUACCUGGUUUACGUGUUCUGCAAGUCUUGGAAUGUUUCCUUUCAAGUGCAGCUCUUGAUAAGCCUCCUGCCCCAUGUGGCUUUCGGCUUCGGCUGCCAGUUCUUAUCCUUCUACGAGGAACGAGGGAUGGGUAUUCAGUGGGAGAACCUCUACUCCAGCCCCAUGGAAGGAGGUAGUUACACGUUUGCCACAACUAUGGCUAUACAUCUCUUCAGUGUGCUACUCUGUGUCCUGGCCACAUUGUACAUCGAAAGCGUGUUUCCAGGCGAAUAUGGGAUCCCAAAGCCUUGGUAUUUCCCCUUCCAGGAGAGUUCCUGUUUUGGGAGGUCUCCCAGCAAUGUCUCCCCUCAACGUUCUCAUACAAACCCUCUCGACUCCACAGAAGCACUGAUGGAGGAUCCUCCUGACCACUUAAAGGUGGGUGUCUCGAUCCGCAACCUGGUGAAGAUCUACCCUGGCACCAAGAAGAUUGUUGUCAACAGGCUCAGCCUUGACUUCUACGAGGGCCAGAUCUCAGCCUUCCUGGGCCAGAAUGGUGCCGGCAAGACCACCACCAUUAACAUCCUGACUGGCCUAGUGCCCCCCACUUCUGGCACCGCCUAUGUCUUGGGGAAGGACAUCCGCUCAGAAAUGAAUACCAUCCGGAAGACGUUGGGGAUGUGCCCUCAACACAACGUCCUCUUUGACAUCCUGACCGUGGAAGAACACAUUUGGUUUUAUGGACGUCUGAAGGGCCUCUCUGGAGAGGAGGUCAAGGAGGAGAUAGACGAGAUAAUAGAGGACGUGGGGCUGCCCCACAAGAGAGAGGAAGAGACCAAGAACUUGUCAGGUGGGAUGCAACGGAAGCUCUCCAUAGCCAUUGCCUUUGUGGGUGGCUCCAAGGUGGUGAUAUUGGACGAGCCCACAGCCGGCGUUGACCCCUACUCUCGCCGAGGGAUCUGGGAACUGCUGAUGAAGUAUCGUGCAGGCCGCACCAUCAUCCUGUCCACCCACUACAUGGACGAGGCGGACUUGGUCAGCGACCGCAUCGCCAUCAUCUCCCAGGGCCGGCUCUGCUGUUGCGGCUCCUCCCUCUUCCUCAAGACGAAGCUGGGCACGGGCUACUACCUGACCCUGGUGAAGCAAGAGGCCCGCAAGGAUGGUGACAGUUCGGAGAGGAGCAAACAGAACAGCAAAUCCAGCGCCUGUGAUGUGCCGCUGCUCACAACUCUGGUCCAGAAAAUGGUCCCGGGCUCACGGCUGGUGGAGGAUGUCGGCCAGGAGGUCGUCUACGUCUUGCCAUACAGCGGUGCCAAAGGGGGUGCAUUUGGGAACCUGUUUAAGGAACUGGACAGCCGCCUGGGUGAACUCGGCAUCUCCGGCUAUGGCAUCUCUGACACCAGCUUGGAGGAGAUCUUCUUGAAGGUGGCCAAGAACACUGACGUGGAUGCAGAAGGUAACGCCCAAGUUGACGAAAGCUCAGAGCUAGAAUUAGCUCCAUCUCCCAGACACCGUCAAGUCUACCAUCACUACUCUCGUUCCCCUUCGAAUGAGGGUUUCCGCCGCUCUCGGUACCAUGAAUUAGACGUUGCGUCCCACAGAGACUGUGAAGUAUUAACACCUCGAAUCAGUGACUUUGAAUCUCCUCGUUCAAAGGCCUACCUUAGUCUGAUCACCACUAUGGCGGAGGCCUUGAAUGUUAGUCUUUCUUUGGACUCACCUAAGAUUUCAGACGUGGUCCAUGAUCUGGUUCAGGCGGAUUUCCCAGCAGGGUCACUCCUACCUAUGCUGCCAGUGCACUUGGAGGGACUGCGUGAGGCCUGGGACAAACCUGCUUCGAUUCCAACUACCUCGAAGCGCUUUGACUUCCUGGAGAAAGCCACACUCAGCAGAUCAAGAAGUCUUCCCAGCCAGCACCAGCCAGACAUCCAGUGGGGGGAUUCCGACCCUCGUUGUCGGUCCACAGGGGUGGGGGACCGCUCCCCUCGGUACGUGCCAGUCGGCGACCCGCUUCUGCCCCCCGGGUUCCCCUUCAGUACGGGCCGGUUCAGGAUGGCCUCAUGCCAGAUCGUGGCCUCGUCCAUCAGGGUGGUUGAGGUGCAGGGGUACCACGCUUUCGGAGUGAUGAAAAGCUCCUGCAUGUGCCGUGUUUCCCCGAGUUUGACCACCCUCCUCUCGGUUAUGUGCCUCACCGGGGACCCCGGGAUGUCGAUCGGUUCUGAAGGUUCUCGGUCGCUGGGUGCCUUUUCAGCCAUCUGCUACAAAGUUACCCGCGCUGAUAAACCUUCUGCAGCUGAUGAACCAACAGAGACGGAUUUCUUGCGUGGCGUGGGUGCCCAGGAUUCCACCCGCCUGACGGGCUGGGCACUGACCUCCCAGCAGCUGCUUGCCCUCUUCACCAAAAGGUUCCUUCAUGCCCGGCGUAGCAUUAAGGGAUUCUUUGCACAAAUUGUGCUUCCUGUCGUCCUCGUCUGCCUUUCACUGCUCACCAACAAAGUCAUUGUGAACCUUGGUGCUUCGCCACCGUUGGCUCUCACACCUUCAGUGUAUGGGCCCCAAAAGACCUUUUUCAGGAAGGUGUCGUGCUCCCAGAACUUUGUGGUCCCAGAAGUGUCUCCAUCUGUGGCGAAUGUUUUUAAGAAUAACAACUGGACUCUGAGAGACCCCUCUCCGCCAUGCGAGUGCAGUUCUGAGGAGGAUCAAAAGAUAUUUCCUGAUUGCCCUGAAGCAGCCGGAGGGCUGCCGCCACCGCAGAUGCAGACGGAAACUGGUUUCACCCUGCAGAACCUCUCGGGAAGGAACAUUUCGGAUUACCUGGUGAAAACAUACAGCAAAAUCAUGCAAAACGAGUUAAAAAACAAGACGCAGAUUACUGAAACGUGGUACGGUGGAUUCUCUGUGGGGGCCCACACCUUCCAGGGUCUGCCAACCCCCGAUACGGUGAACACCACUGUUCAGAAGGUCCGUGCCUUUCUCAGCAUCACUAAGGGAAGUUCUCUGGACAGGCUUUUCAGCAGCCUUAGCGGCUUCGUUGAUGGACUGGAGACCUCCGAGAAUGUCAAGGUCUGGUUCAACAACAAGGGGCUACAUGCCAUGGCGUCUUUCAUCAACGUGGCCAACAACGGCCUCCUCCGGGCUAGCCUGCCUGCGGGCGCAGACCAUUCAUUCUAUGGCAUUGUAACGGUUAACCAGCCCCUCAACGAGACCCAAAGGCAACUGUUUAUAUCAACCGCGUUGUCCAGUUUCUUCAGUGUGCUGAUUUCCACCUGUGUGAUGUUCGCCUUGUCCUUCGUCCCCGCCAGCUUCGUGCUCUUCCUCAUCGAGGAGCGGAUCAGCAACGCCAAGCACCUGCAGAUCGUCAAUGGCAUGAAACCCUGGGUCUAUUGGCUGGGCAACUUUGCCUGGGACGUGUGCAAUUAUCUCAUCCCGGCUGCUCUGGUAGUCCUCAUCUUCAUCUGCUUCCAGCAGAAGGCCUACGUGUCCCCAGAGAGCCUCCCAACCCUGAUUUUGCUGCUGCUCCUCUAUGGAUGGUCCAUGACACCUCUCAUGUAUCCAGCGUCCUACCUCUACAGCAUCCCCAGCUCAGCUUAUGUCUCCCUGACAACCAUCAACUUUUUUAUUGGCUUCAUCAGCACCAUGGUUACUGUCGUCCUUGAUAUCAUUCCACUCAAGAAAGUGAGAGACAUCAACAGUAUCCUGAAGGCGGUCUUCCUGGUCUUACCCCAGUACUGCCUGGGCCGGGGAUUGACUGACAUGGCAAUGUUCCAAGUCAAGAAUGUUGCCCUUGGGAGGUCUGGUGGCAACAUGAAUUCUCUGCUCAGCUGGGACCUGGUGGGGAAAAAUCUCUUUGCCAUGGCUGUCGAGGGCUUCGUCUUUUUCUUCUUUACCAUCUUGGUGCAGUACAGAUUCUUCAUCCGCUUCCGCCCUUCACCUAUCAGGCAGUUUCCACUGGGUGAGGAGGACGAGGACGUGGCCAAAGAACGGAAGAGGAUUCUGAGUGGCAGGCACCAGGACGACACUGUGGUGCUGCAGAACCUGACAAAGGUGACGCCACUGAAUAAUGUACCAGCCGUGGAUCGCGUAUGUGUGGGGAUCCCUCCAGGAGAGUGCUUUGGCCUUCUGGGUGUGAAUGGUGCCGGGAAGACAACAAUUUUCAAAAUGCUGACCGGGGACAUAGGGGUGACCAUGGGAAAUGCAUUUCUGAAAGGGUAUAGCGUGCUGACCCAUCUGCAGUCUGUCCACGAAAACCUGGGCUACUGUCCCCAGUUUGAUGCCAUCAGCGACUUCCUCACGGGUCGUGAGCACCUCGAGUUUUACUGCCGCCUACGUGGGAUCCCAGAGAGAGCAAUCCCCAAGGUGGUUCAGGUGGGAAUACACAGACUUGACCUAACACAACACGCAGACAAACUCGCUGGCCAGUACAGCGGCGGGAACAAGCGCAAGCUGUCCACAGCCAUCGCCCUCAUCGGAGCACCGCCUGCCAUCUUCCUGGAUGAACCAACGACUGGGAUGGACCCACGAGCCAAGCGUUCCCUGUGGAACUGCAUCCUGAGCAUGAUUAAGGGCGGCAGAUGUGUGGUGCUCACGUCGCACAGCAUGGAGGAAUGCGAGGCGCUCUGUACCAGAAUGGCCAUCAUGGUGAGUGGCCGUUUCCAGUGCUUGGGGAGCGUGCAGCACCUGAAGAACAGGUUCGGAGAGGGAUACACGAUCAUGCUCCGGGUCUCUGGGACCAAACCAGACCUUCGUCCGCUGGAGAGUUUCAUGCAGAGCUCCUUCCCCAACAUAGUUCUCAAGGAGAAGCAGUACUCCACCCUCCAGUACCAGCUGCCAUCCCGUGACUGUUCCCUGGCCAAGAUCUUUGGCAUCCUCUCGGCUCACCAGGGCACCUACCACAUUGAAGAAUACUCCAUCUCCCAAACCACCCUGGACCAGGUGUUUGUACAUUUUGCUAAGUACCAAAGCGAAGAUGCUCAUUCCUGGAAAGCCCCCUCUGCAGCCAGCCCAAGGAACCCAGGAAGCCAUCGCCAAAGAAACCCUGUCUGAGAGACUGGCACCCGCGGGGAGGGGAGGCAGACACCCUGCAACGCGAUGCCGGGAAGAUGAACUUGCAGCAACCCUUUUGAGCGCCUGUCUCUCUUCCCAUACAAGCUCCCUGAAGGGGCGGGCGCAGAGAAUGGACAAGGCUUGAAACCCUAGAGGGCUCCAUUAUGACUUGAAACAGCAGAGAGCGCGUUCACAUUGUCAAGGCGGUUCUCUUGGGUUCGAUUAAAGAUCCACAUAGUUCA